AUGUGUGGGCGUUGCACCGGCUACGCUACAAAGUACAAUGGAGUAGCCUACAACACCAGAAGUUCGAAUGGCGAUUCAGAAAGUGAUGAGUGUAACACGAAAGACAGCGCUAGCGUCUGUUUCAAUUCAGCAACGGCAACUCCGGCUUGUGCUGGCUGUCAGUGUUGUCCCUCAGACACAGAAUGCAUCAUCACCGAUGGAAUUGCUCAAUGUCUCGAUCCCUGUGUCAGCUACAGUAUACUGAAUGAUACAUGGCGUUCAAUAAAUAAUACAGACACUUCUAUCACACAUUGUGACCAGUACAUUGCCUGGAAUGGCUGGUAUCGCUUUUAUUUGGGGCAAAGCAACGCUCAGAUUCCAGAGCGAUGUGUAAAAGAACACCGGUGUGGAACCCAUGCUCCUUUGUGGCUAAACGGGACUCAUCCAGUGCAGUUUAAUGAAAUCGUAACUCGCACUGUGUGUAACGCAUGGUCUAGUUCCUGCUGUGUAUUUCCCACGCACACUAUCCAGAUCAAACGAUGCUAUGGAUAUUAUGUCUAUAAACUUGAAAAGCCAUCUGCAUGCCAUCUGGCAUAUUGUGCAGAUGAAGUUACAGUUACAGGUGGAGUGACAACUCCAAAUGCAAAUGAAGCGAUAACCCCGGUUACAGACCCCUGUGAACAACUGCACUGUGCUGAGUAUGAGCGCUGUGGGAAGAAAGAUGGUGUAUAUGGCUGUUUCUGUGAUGAAGACCAUCAUAGACCAAACACUAAGAGCUAUGACUCAAACAUCACAUGCAGCAGCAGUUCAGGCAUCAUGUCGAUCUCUCGCUGCCAGCUGUUUGAAGCAGGCUUUCACUCCAGUGCUCUCCACCUCCGAGAUGAAUCUUGCACCGGGACGAUCCAGGAUGGACGACUCGUGUUCCACUUUGACAACGAUGACCAUCUGUGUGGGACAACUCUGAGGAGCAAUGGAAGUCACUUUAUGUAUGAGAACAGCAUUCAGGGUGAUGUGGACACUCAUGGAGGUGUGAUCAGUCGUCAGAGAAACCUUAAUCUGCGUUUCUGCUGUGUUUACCCUCUGGAACAAGCCCUGUCAAUGUCUGUGGGCAUCAGUUCUUUGGAGAGCAUUGUGGACAAGAAACUUCCUUUUGGCACCGGAUCAUAUCGUAUGAGAAUGACCCCCUAUGAAGAUGAGGCCUUCCUCACGCCCUUCAGCACUAAUGAAAACAUAGGCCUUGAAAUUAAUAACAUGCUUUAUGUGGAAGUGAGAACAGAGGGAGUGGAUCAGCGGCAGUUGUCCACAGUUCUGGAAUCUUGUUGGGCCACGCCAGUCAAUGAUGCAGACUACCCCGUCCGCUGGGAUCUCAUCGAUUCACAGUGCCCCAAUCCAGCAGAUGGAACCGUAGAGGUGAUUAAGAACGGUGUCUCCACUGCAGCACGUUUCUCCUUCAGGAUGUUCACUUUUACCAACUACACAGAGAUCUACCUGCACUGCAAUGUUCACUUGUGUCUUUUGACAAACAACUGCACAGCUGAUUGCUCUCCUGGACACCAAAACCGCCGCCGGAGAGACGUAUCUUACCAUGACUCAGGAAGUCUGUCCCUUGGACCACUAGCCUUUGGGGCUAAACAGACCACUGGUGCACUGAUCUACAGAAAUGGUGCUUCAGACCAUCUGACAUCAAUUGUUACCUUGAUUGUCAGUUUGCUGAUGACCAGAAUUUGGGCAAAUUGAGAUCAAAGAAGAUUCAUGAUUAAAAAUCUAACAAAAUUUAGUUACUUGUGAUUUAUGUUGCUUAGAUGUGAGAUUUAGGUGAAAACAAAAACAAUUGUGCUUCACAUCUGCAGCACUGCUGGGCUUCAGAUGAUUUGUGGGAUUUAUAUAACAAUUAGUAUUUGUUCCAUCAUAACUCUUUUAUUAUAAUUAGUUGUUGGUAAUAUUAGCGGAAGGGAAAUAUGAACUGUUAUGUGGGUGUUAAGGUUACAUAUAGAGCUAAUUAAUGUUCACAGGAAUUAUCAAACUGGAUGAAUUUGAUUAUUUUCUUUUCCUUUAGUAUAAACUGUGUUUAAGGAUGUUUUGCUUGUGGGAGAUGUAUGUGAUCAAUUAUAAAAGGGAAUAAAAUAAAAAUUUGAAUUCA